GGUGAUUUGAGAUUUGCUUCUUUCGUUCGGACUACCUACUACGAAUAAUAUGAAUACGGUGAAGAGGAGGAACACAUAAUUCGACGACAAUGAAAUCAUGGUGAAGGCUUGCCUCCCACGAAUAGUACUGCUCUGUGUUCUGGCCUCCCUUGUGUUGGCGGCAGUCGCGGCGGUGGAUGAAGGAAGUGGGCGAAGAGCAAGAUGGGUGAACAACGGAGGAGACCACAGGUCGCCGGCGGAACCUCAAAGGAGGAGGAGGGCGGCAGGCCAUGAUCUGGUCGAGGACUUAUUGGGCAAGAGGGUGUUGCCGCCGACGGCAUCAACAGAUGACAACAAGCCGGCCCGCCUUGAAGACCGUGUCGUAUUAUCGGUGCCGACACCAGCGGCUCUCUUCGGGCGACAAGCAAUCGGCAACCCCAUUGACGCCAUCAACUCGGCGUCUCGAUCAGCACAGCAGGCCAUUGCAUCGGCAUCCCAGUCUGCUCGAGAAGCUAUUCAACAAGCAAACGACCAAGUGAGACAGGCCGGAGAUCGACAGCGGCAGGCGGAGGAGCAGGCGAGGCAGGCCAACGAUGCGGCCACCCGGGCCUCGAUAUCGGCCAACAAUGCCGUCGUCCAGGCACAGGCAAGCGCUAAGGAGGGAAUACUCAACGCCCAGAACGCGGCCAAGGAGAGUGCGAGCAAGCAGGUUGCGGACAACUUUGCCAUGGUUACAGCGAGCGCGCAGACGCAGCUGGCUUCUCAGAUUGCGAGCAUACAAGCCAGUGCCAGCGCAAGUGCUGCGCAAGCCAUUGCUGUUGCGACACAAUCCGCCAGUGCGGCUAUAUCGAAUGCUCAGCAGCAGGCACAGCAGCAGAUUCAAGCUGCGAGAGACGACGCAAAUUUACGUGUGUCACAAGCACAAGGCGCCGCAGUUUCAGUUACCCAGGCGGCUCUCGCCGUCGUGGGGGCCAUCAUCGGCUCAUCUCUUCUCACCAUACUGGGCUUCUACAUCUUUACUCGUUACCGGCGUAACAAGCGCAAGGACCAGACGGCACGGGAGCUCCGUCGUGAAAUCAGCUACCCGAAGCAGAAUACUCUGAUGACGACAAACGCGCUGGCUAUGAACAAUGGCUACCCGCAAGAUGUCAAGCGCCCAAUAUCACCGACCCGUCCAGAAACAGCACGUACGACGGGGUCGUCUGGAGGCAUGGGCUACGCGGUCAGUGAUUUCGGCGAUGGGCAGCCCAACUUUUCUCGACAGACGACCUUUGUGAGCAGUACCGCGCCGCAGAUGGGCAUGGGUACGAUACAGAGGGAACAGUCGGUGUCAAGAAGGCCGGUGCCGCCUUCGCCAAAGAAGCCGCCCUAUUCUCUAUUCCCGCCAAGGUCUAGGGAUGGCCCGCCGGCGACGUCGUUGCCUGCCACCCCGGCCCCUGCGCGAGAUCGGGAGAAGGAGGCUCCCCCUCCUCUCACGAUUAAUCCAGGCACAGGCACAGGCCCAGCGCCUGCGUCAGUACAAGCACAGGCACAGGGUCCGGCAAACAAUGAAAAGCUGGAUAGGGUGGACGAGGAAAGCGAUGAGUUUGGGGAGGGCACAAAGAACUGGUUGAGACGGACGCAGACCGUGAGUCCGUUUGGGGACCUGGCAGAUACCCCGACAGGGGAGAAGGACCCGAAUUGGCCAUUUGCGAGGUCUAAUUCGCCGCCUCCGCCAGCGAGGUGA